UGGCAAGAGUGGCGGAUGGCUGUUGCUGACGCUUUGACCGUUUGACAGGACCAUCGCACCGAUCGCAGGGGAAUCAAGGGCACUUUCCAUAAUUGCCUUCCCCAGGGCGGUGGGAAGGGAGUGCUGGGAUGCCUUUAUAAAACCUCAAGGGCCACCAUUUUGAUCAGCGUCUCUUCCGGCCAUACGAUCUCAGGUACGGGAAGACUGAGGCUACCCACAUCCCAUUCUUCUAUUUCUGGGUUAGACAUUGCUGGAAAUAAUGGCAUCUGAACAUGAAGCUGAAAAGGCUGUUCCUACUGACGAUCUACUGGAAUGGCCCCAGAAAGACAAACGCCGCUUCUUACAUGCUGUUUAUCGUGUUGGAGACUUGGAGAGAACCAUAAAAUUCUAUACCGAAUGCUUUGGAAUGAAGCUAUUAAGGAAAAGAGACGUUCCAGAAGAAAAGUACUCAAAUGCUUUUCUUGGUUUUGGGCCUGAAGAAUCAAGCUUUGUUGUGGAGUUGACUUAUAAUUAUGGAGUUGAUAAGUAUGAUAUCGGCACUGGCUUUGGGCAUUUUGCAAUUGCAACUGAAGAUGUAUACAAAAUGGUUGAAGACAUCCGGGCAAAGGGCGGGAAGAUAAAACGUGAGCCAGGUCCUGUUAAAGGAGGCACAACGGUAAUAGCAUUCGUGGAGGAUCCUGAUGGGUAUGUCUUCGAGCUCAUCCAAAGGGGUCCCACACCUGAGCCAUUAUGUCAAGUUAUGCUCCGUGUGGGAGAUCUAGAACGAUCUAUCAAGUUCUAUGAAAAGGCAUGCGGAAUGAGGGUGGUGAAGACAGUUGACAGGCCUGAGUACAAGUAUUCUAUAGCUAUGCUUGGUUAUGAUGAAGAAGAAAAAACAACAGUCCUGGAGCUGACAUACAAUUAUGGUGUGACUGAAUACACCAAAGGCAAUGCAUAUGCACAGGUUGCUCUCAGUACUGAAGAUGUUUAUAAAAGCGCUGAGGUUGUUCGUCGGGUUACACAAGAGCUAGGUGGUAAAAUAACUCGCGAGCCAGGUCCUAUUCCAGGAAUCAAUACGAAAAUCACCUCUUUCCUUGAUCCUGAUGGUUGGAAAGUGGUUUUCGUGGAUCAUGCUGAUUUCCUGAAGGAGCUUCCUAAGGGAGAGUGAUUAGUAUUGCUGGUCUGCCUAUUUCUAGAUCUAGAUGUUGGCCUAAGAGUAAAUCCUGUCUAAAAGUAUGGUUGUCCAUCUUUAGUAUCAUUACGUGCAUGUGUGCACGCGCUUUUGCUGGUACCGGAGUUUGUGUUCUGUAUGCUACGUUUGGUAUCCUUUUGCUAUGAAUAAGCGUGUUCUGUUGA